AUGAUGAUGAUAAGUUAUGGUGAAAUUGUCAAGUCUAAUAUGAUAUUACAUAAUCAUAGUCAAAAUAAUCUCUCUACUAUUUAUAUGAUUCAUAAUGAUACAUUAUUAUUACAUAAUGAUCAUUUACAAAAUGAAUCUUUUACAUUAGAUCAAUUCAAUCAUAAAUCUAAUGAUCCUGAUCCUGAUCCUGAUCCUGAUCCUGAUCCGGAUCCUGAUCAUAAUCAUAAUGAACAAUGGUAUUUUCAUUUUGAUAUGUUUAUUAUUACAUUUUUAGGUUUUAGUUCAUUUUGUGCAAAUAUUGGCUUAUUAUAUUUAGAUAGACGAGCUAAACCAUCAUGUACAACAAAUAAUUCAAGUUUUUCUAAUAAUUUCAUAACAAUUAAUACUACUAAUAACAAUACUACUAAUAGUAAUAAUAGUAGUACUAAUUUUCCUAUGCAUAAUAUCGCUAGUAAUAAUAAUCUAAAAUGUUCAUCAUUCAACUUUCUAUAUAAAAAAUGGUCACAUAAAAGAAAUUCUCAUGAAUCUAAUGGUUUACUAUCUAAUCAAUCAUCAAUAAUAACAAUACCAAAUGAGACAAUGAAUAAAAUGACCAUUCCAAAUACAACUACAACAAUAUCAUCAUCAACAUCAUCAUCAACAACAAAACGUUCAUUUUCUGUAUCAAAUCCUCCAUUAAAUAAAUAUCCAUCAUCAAUUAGUUUAUUGAAAUUUAAUCAUCAUCCUUAUCAUCAUGGUUCAAUUCAUUAUCAUACACCACGUAGUCGUAGACAACGUCGUUAUUUAAGAGGUUUACUUGGUUUAUCUAUAAGUAAUUUAAGUUUAUCUAUAUGUUUACUUAGUUGGUGUAUAUGUCAAAUUAUUAUAUAUAAUAUUAAUGAACAAUAUUAUAUAUUAAAUGCAUGGUUAACAAUUAUAUCAUUAAUUAAUAUAUGGACUAUAGAUAUUGCACAAACAUUAGAAAUUGGUGCCAUUUUAUGGAUUGCAUUAGAACGUACACUUGGUAUACAUUGGCCUAGUGAAAUACAAACUAUGAAUAACAAUAAUAAUAAUAAUAAUAAUAAUAAUACAAAGCUUUCAAUGAAAUGUAAUCUAAUCCAAUGUAAAUUUUCAUUGUUAAAAAAUAUUCUUAAAAAAUGUACAUCACAUAAUCAUUCUUCUUCUUCUUCUUCUUCUUCUUCUUCUCCUUCUUCUUGUUGUCGUUGUACACCUUUAUUCAUGAAUCAAUCAUCAUCAUCAGCCUCAGCAACAACAUCACCCUUAGCAACAACAACAAUAAAUAAAAAAUAUCGUGAAAAACAAAAAUCAAUAAUUUGGUUUCUUCGUGUUAUUUUAUGUUUAUUACCAUUAAUUUUAUUUAUAUUAGCAUCAAUUUAUAGUUUAAUGAAUAUAAUACAACAAAUUAAAAAACAGAAAUUAUUAUAUCAUCAACAAUUACAACAUGAAAUACAACAACCCCAACCCCAACCCCAACAACAACAACAACAAUAUCAAAUUGAUAUUAUAUCAAAACUGAAAACUACUUAUAUUACACAUAAUAGUAGUAUAAAUAAUGAUCAUCAUCAUCAUAAUAAUAGUUAUAUACAAUAUUUUAAUUCAUUAGUAGUAUAUAAUUAUUAUAUUUAUAUUACUAAUAAUUUCUUUACUAAAAAGCAUACAUACUUAUUCUUACAUAAAAUUCAUAUUAAAUAUCAAACUUAUAUGUAUUAUACUAAAUCUAUUAUACCAGCAUUAAUCAUUGGACAAUUUUUAGCACCAUUAGCGAUUUUAAUUACAACAAAUUUAUUGAUUUAUCAAAAAGUAUCAUCAAGAGAUAAACGAUUUUUCUCUAGACAAUCAAGUAAUACUAGUAAAUCAUCAUUUAUAUCUGGUACAUCGAUUUCAUCAAUUAAUUCACCAAGUCAAAGAAAAUUAACUACAACAACUAUUAAUUUUCCAAUACCAUUAUUACGUGUACUUGAAAGUAGUAAUCAAGAUAUUCGAAUUAAUUUUGACGACGACAACAAUACUACUACUAAUAAUAAUAAUGAUAAUACAUCUGAGGAGUAUAGUACAUUAAUCAAUAAACCUUUAAAUGAUCACUUAGAAACUAAACAAUCAAUAGCGAAUUUAAAAAAUCAAAAACAAAAUACACUUUUAGUUCCUUUUAUUGAUUUAAAUGAGAAUAGUUUUCAAUAUUCAUCGAUUAAAAAUUUAUCAAAUAGUCCUCCUCCUCCCCCUCUUCCUCCCCCUCCUGCUACUACUACUACUACUACUACCAUGACAACUAAUUCAUCAUUAUAUCAUAGAAAUAAUAGUAGUAUUGAUAAUAAUCAAAAAUAUUUAUUUAAUGAACGAAGAAAUAGUAUUUCAAUUAUUCAAUCCUAUAAUGAAUUCUAUGAGAAUAAUUCUAAUAUAACAUUAACAUCUAAAAGAUUAUUGACUACUACUACUAAUACUACUCAUAAUAAUUGUCAACUGACAACAUCAACAGGAACUUCACCACCACCACCACCACCAUCAUCAUCAUCAUCCACAACAACAACAACAACAACAACAACAACAACAUCACCAUCACCAUCUUAUCGAUUCAAUGAAUCAAAUAUUAAAUUAUCUACAAUGUAUACAAUACAAAAACGUCGUAAAAGUAGUAAUGAUAUAUUGAAUUUAUUAUUUCAAUCACGUACAACAGAUCUGAUGCAUACAAAAUCUACUACUGAUGAAUCUAUAUUAAUACAAGUAUUAAGACGACAACAUAAACGUACAUUACGUAUAUUAAUUAUAUUAUUAUUAUUAUUUAUUAUAUGUCGUGGACCAAGAUCAUUUAUAUUAAUUAUACAAUGGUUACAAUAUUAUACUUAUUAUAAAAAUCAAUAUCAAUCUUAUUUAUAUACAUGGUUACAAUAUACAAGUAUAUUUUCUUAUUCUAGUGCAAUAUUAGAUACAAUUCUAUAUGGAUUUUGGGGUAAUCGUAUUUAUCGAUUAUAUAUUAAACAUUUAUAUACACAUUGUGCCUUAUAUAAAUGUUGUAUUAAUCAAUAA